AGAAAAAAUGAACGACUGUCGACGUCAGAUCCAAUAUGGCCGUGUCCAUACGCACCUGACAGGUCAACAUAACCUAACAAAUAUUUGAGGCGAAAGACGUGGAGAGCUAAUAAUACACCAUUUCGACGCGAUGAAAAUAAACGAGAAAAAUAUGGUCGCUUUCGCGACGUCGGCAACUCCUGUAGACCGCGAGGGAUGGCUCAACAAACGCGGCGAAGUCAAAGGAGGAUACCAGAGGCGGUGGUUUGUCCUCAAGGGCAACAUUUUGUUCUACUUCGAUCGGCGAGGCGACAAGGAACCUGUCGGGAUGAUCGUCCUCGAAGGGUGCACCAUCGAGCUCGCUGAAGACGAGGAGCAGUUUGGUUUCAAAAUCGUUUUCCACGGUCCCAACAACAGAAGCUAUGCCUUGGGAGCCGAGUCGCAAGAUUCAAUGGAGCAGUGGAUGAAGGCAUUGGCGUGCGCUAGCUAUGAUUACAUGAAAUUAAUGGUUGCCGAACUACAACGGCAGCUGGACGCUGCGGAGGAAGAAGUCACACCUACUUCUCCACCUGUUGAAUCUCCCAAGGCGCCACCUAGACAACGCCACAAUCCAUUUAACAAACCUGAUACUCAUCAUCGAUCUCAAAGUGUCAGAUCUGCUCCAGGAAGAACCGAGAAUAUUCCAAGAACAAGAAUUACUUUUAGAGAGCUCCAUACCGCUUACGGGAGGAGGAUAUUGGCCGAUCUUAAUGAAUGGAGACACUCUAAACGGAGCGUCGAAGCUCCACUUAUAGCACUGUAAUAGAAAGACUUAUUGCGGGUAAAUAUAGUUGUAAAUAAUUGUUAGAUAAUAACCAGAAAUUUACUUCUAUCCUCUUUUGAUUCUCGAUGUUUCUAAUGCAACUCUACAAUUUGAUUUGAUGGAUGAGAUUCUUCUAUUUAUCAAUGUCCGAUGGAAAUUUGUAGUGUACAUCGAAUUUGACUCAUUGUUCAAGUAUUUCUAAUCGUAUCUCUUUAAAAAUGCUUUUUCCCGAAUUUAAUACGAGAAUCGGUUUUGAUGCAGUUCAUGUGUAUCAUCACUGAUGAAUUUUAUCACCAUAUUUAUAAUUUUCAAACGCGAGAUUCGAAUUGUACUGAUCAUAGAAUGCAUUCGUCCUCAUUCUCGUGAUCCAAAAGCGAAAUGCUACUUAAAUAUUACUUGAGACAAAUUACAGAUCAGUGCGUAGAUCCCUAUAAAUAUAAUACAUAUAUUUGUAGUGACGGCAAUGAUACAACAGGAUUAGAGAAAUAAUGGGUAAUUCAUUUUCUUGUGUAAAUACCUAAAUAAGUAUUUUAUUAGUCAACAUUAUAUUAAUAAUCUAAUAAAUAAGUCAACAGCCAGCUGUGGUAAAAUAUUGCAGUACAUUAAACAUUUUGUGUAAAAAAUACAUGAUUGAUUAACCUCACAGAAAAAAAUAGUGUUGAAAAAAGUUUUAUGGUGGUUGAGUCACAUGGUCAUAAAAUUUCACAUCACCAUGUAUUUAAUAAAAAUAUGAUUGGAAUAUGACAUUGAUGAUAUUUAGGUAAAUGUGAGACACUAGUCUAUGUAGUGUUAUUAAAAAGCUGUACGAAAUAGAAUUCUGUACAAAGUACUUGUAUAGAAUCAAAUCCUUAUACAUAUAUUAUAUAAGUGUCCAAUUGUUCAUGCUAUAUGUACAUCGCAAAUUUAUCUGGGUCUUAAUCUGUCGUUAUUGGGUAGUCACAAAGACAAACCCCAUUGACAUAUUUCAGUGGUAGAAAUAAACGCUUCAAGUCGCCUUUUAA